CCAUUUUUAAACGUGAUAAAAAGUGUGUAUUUUUAUUAUACCGUACAAGGCCAUAACUUUAGGUGCCUGUGAAUAUCCAUACCUCAGGUGCCUGUGACUUUUGCCCACCAAAUCUUUGGGUCAAUAAAAGAUAUUCGUCAAAAUCCCCAUGGGUAAUAUUUAAAUGUACGUUUGUUUUGCGUCAAAAAAUUACCUUUUUUAAAUAAAUUUUUUAAUUGCUUGCUUGUUUAUUAAUUAUUCAAUUUUCUUCAACAGCUGUUCAGUGGGUUGCGAUUAUUCAGAUCGGGAUCGAAAUUCCGUUAUAGACAAGUGCGCGUUAUAUCCAAUCAAAAUUCGUUUCUAGGAUAGCAACAACGACAACAUUAAUGGCGGAAAGAAAAUAGCACCAUUUUCUAGCGAUAUGGACUCAAUAUUUGGUCGUGGGAGUCGAAAAACCAGUCUUCUUGAGGAAGAGGAAUCGGAAAAGGAAAUAAAUGAAGACAUGGAGAAGCCUUUGAAAACUGACACAGAGGAAGAAGAGUUAGAGGUGGCAGAUGAUGACGAUGAUGAUGAUGAUGGCAGUGAUUCAGAUAGCUCAUUUGAUGAUCACCCUAGAACAUGGGAAAAUCCAAUACCAUGGGAAAAACCAGUUGUGAAAAAUGCAAAGCCACCUCACCCCCUGACAGUAACCCAUGUCAGUCAAACACGGGACUUAAUGAAACUUCAGAGUGCUGAAGCCAUGAUGAAUGCUGAACUCCAGAAUUCUGAGGAGUGGUUAACACUUCACAGUGUAGAGUACAUGAAACUGACUCUGAAAGACUUAGUUGACAAAGGGAAAAUUGGAAAUAUGAAACCGGACCACAGAACAGGGAAGGCUAUGCAGCAUAUACAGUUCGAGGCUUAUGAUGUCAAUGAAUUUGAAUACAAACUCAACAUGGCCAUUGAGCAGUAUACAAAGAGAAUAAAAUGGCUGCUUCAGGGAAGUAAAAGGAUAUUUGGGAACAUUCGUGGCAAGCGGAUAGCAGUUGUUGUUGACACAUCAGAUGCAAAUGCUGGCUUUGGAAGAAUAACUGCAUUUCAAGAAUCACUCAUUCACCUUAUAGAUGAGCAGCUCUCUCAGCGUCAGUCUAUUUACCUCAUGUCAUUUGGAACUGACAUCGACCCUCUGUGGCCUGUAGCAAGAGACGUCAACUGCAGGAUAGUUGAGGAGGCUAAGGAGUGGGUGAUGAGACUGAAGCCGUCAGGAGGCUGUAAUCUCCUCAAAGCCCUCAAACAUGUCCUCAGAGUACAGGAUAUAGACUCCGUGAUGAUCAUUCUGGGCAGUGUACCUGAUCAGACUUCUGAGAUUUUGUGUGAUUAUGUACAUCAGCUGGGAAUAGGUCAAGGAAUCCCUCUCCAGACUGUAGCUUAUGACUGCAGCAAUCAUUUAACUAAUCUCACACUGCGUAGCCUAUCUGAGGUGUCCCACGGCAGUUAUCACUGUUACACAGCUAACUGUGAGGAUCAGAUCUACACAGGAACAGACAUAAGCGUCUUACUGAAGGAAAUCCAGAAAGCGCAGGAAGUCAUCAACAAAAUCAAAGAAAUGAGAGAUGGCAUGAUGGGAAGUGCCUUGAUCAGCAUCAUGAGUGAGAUAACUACAGAAGUCGCCAAGCUUCCCCAGUCACGGUUUCUGCCUCGACCUCCAGGUCAUGACCUGCCACUAAAAAUAGAAGUUCCCAAGUUCCAGGCAAGAUCUUCUAUUGGAUGGAUCCAGCAACAUGGACUCAAAGCGAGAAGGUUGGACCUGUAUCAGAUUCUUGCUCCAAAUGCUUAUUCCUACAAAGAGGAAUUUAUUCCUGUUAUCAAGAAAGCUGUACAGUCUCAAGUCCAUGAGAAAGCCAUGGUGCAGUUUCAGUGGCAUGAUGGGUCUGUUAAGAACAUCCACGUGGACAUGUCUCUGUUGUUUGAGUACCAGAAACAGCUCUACAGCACUGUCAGGCUGUAUGAGAAGAGAAUUGAAUGGCUGGCCAGUGGAAGCCGCAGGAUAUUUGGAACCAUUGUCGAAAAAAAUGUAGUGAUCUUGAUUGACAUGUCCAUCUCUAAUGUUAACUACCUGGUGCACAUCCAACACUCUAUCCGACUCCUGAUGGAACAACAGCUUGCCAACAAAGAGUACUUUAACAUCAUUGCGUUUGGAAGAGAAGCAGUUGCAUUCAAACCAACCAUGGUUAAACCCACUCCAGCUAAUUUGCAAGAAGCCUGGAACUGGGUCCUGGAUCUGCAGUGUGGGGGAAGUAGAAAUUUCCUAUCUGCUUUCAAGCUGGCUGUUGAAAAUGAAGAGGAAAUUAAGCACAAAAUAUAUUCUGAGGGGAUUUACCUGUUCACAAGUGGAGUUCCAGACCAAACUCAGGAUAUCUGCUGUUCCUACAUCGAGCAGUCGACGUCCGGCCGGGGUAUCCACCUCCACUCCAUUCUGUUUAACGUGGACGACUACGAUGCAGAGGGAGCCAUUCCUGGUCGCUACGCCAACAUCACCAGAACGGCAGAAUGUCUCAGGAAUAUGGCACACUGCAGCAAAGGCAGAUUCCACUGGUUUAGAGAAACAGGUAUCAUUGAGAGUGAUGAUAUUCAACAUAUAACAACAGAAAUUGACAAGGCUAUGAACUUCUCCAAAAAAGUUCAGUUGUUGGUGGAAUCUGUGAAGAAAAAAUACAGAAAUAGAUUUCAUCAGGAAUUUCUGGAUGAGAUGGCAGCCCUCCCUGAACCCCCCAGAUUUAGGAGGAAGGCCCUGCCCCCAGCAAUGUCCUGUACCCCUCCAGCCUCUUACAGACAGCAAAGGACAGAAGUUAGAGAAGAGAGAGCAAAAAUUCUAUCAAGACGACCAACAAGUGCUUCAUCUUCAUCCUUACGAGAGAGACAGACAAAUGGCAGGGACAGACCAAGCUCAGCCAGGGACCCUAUGUCCCGAGUCAAGUCCUCCAAACGUUUUGCUUCUACCAGCUUCUUCCUGGAUAGUAAGCAGAAGACGGGGGAUGGAACAGGCAGUGUCAUCAAGAAGUACCCCGAGCAGAAGUCGGUCAGGAAAGCCGUGGGGCAGCCCAAUAUACCAGAUGUCGAGGACAUAGUUUCUACCAAAGAGUGGAUGAGAUUAUACAGCUUGUCCAAACUGAAGCUAGAUCUGGAUAAACUGGUGGCCGGCCCUGACUGUAAACACAAUGAGGGCACUGUCAAGUCCCUCCACAAGCAUGUCUCUGCCAAAUACUGUGAUAUUUUCCCGAGUAUAAAUGUGAAGGGAACCAUUAAACACCUACAGCUACUGCCCCAUGAACUGAAGGAUUACGAGGCACAGGUGGAGAAGGUGCUGAAGCGAUACCUCAAACGACUUCAGUGGCUCCUCAGUGGCAGUAGAAGAGUGUUUGGGACCAUCCUUCAUAAGAAGGUGGUGAUUCUGGUGGACACAUCAGGAUCUAUGGAGCAGUAUAUGGACGAGUUAAAGAAAGAGUUAGCUGCCUUGAUUUGGGAUCAACUUUACAGAUUGGGUGCUAGGUUUAACCUGAUUCGUUUCUCUGGAGACUGUGAGAAGUGGAAGGAGAGGUUAGUGCCAGCCACGCAGGAGAACUGUCACCGGGCUGUGUCAUGGUCCUCGAGGUUUACAGCCUCGGGUAACACAUGUACACUGGAGGCACUCAGGAUGGCCUUUGAUGACCCUGACAUGAUAGCAGUGUACAUGUUAACGGACGGUAAACCCGACACAAGUACCUCACUGGUUCUGAAGGAAGUCUCCGAGAUGAACUCAGAGAGAAAGGCUCCAGUUAAUACCAUCUCCUUCAACUGUAAUGACAGCACCGCAAACAAUUUCUUGCACCUGUUGGCUCAGGAGACUGGAGGUAGAUAUCACCGCUGUCAGACAGAUUUCGAUGCACAACUUUUCGCACACAAACUUUUGACAGAGGGCUUUGAGGACACAGAAUAUCCACAUCUUCCAGAGUUUGAUGGGGAUGAUCUACGCAGACUUGGGUCAGAAAUCAACACUGCCCGCAAAUACCUGGCCCAGUCACGACAGUACAGAUCUUUGUAUCAGAAUAUCAAUCUGAAAAACCAAUUGUACACAAACUAUGCACACAAAAGAAAUGUAACCCCAUUUGUUGUUGGUAAACCAAAGACAGCUGUGCAAUAG